AUGUCUCAGCAAUCGAAUGAUGAAUCUCCCGUUUUGAACUUAGCAACACUGGAAGAGUCCUCUAACCCUAAUAGGAUUCUUAAGGUUGCCCCUUUAAGGACGAUUAGCAGUGACGAAGUAAAGGCCACAAAGCCUAAAACGACUCAUGCAAAACGGCCGAAGGAGGGUAUCCACAACAAGGGUACCAAAUCCUGUGCAUCUGCUACCAUGGAGGAACUUACUAAAGAAGGAUCCAAAUAUGUCGAUAGCGCAAUUACCAGGAUUGUUACUCGUAUUCUGAAGGAGAAUCAUCAAGUGCCUGGAAUAUCUAUUCCUCUUCAAACCAUAAUGGCUAAUCCCCUCAAUAACACCAGUAAGGCUGAGACUGUUCACACCGUUGAUAGUGACCUAGAAAUCAACAAGGAUGAACAAGGGAUUCCUAAGAAUAUCAAUGUUACUGAGGAUGUCAAUGACAUCGACAAUAAUGAGCACCCUAAGGCCAAUACUGAAAUUGAUACUAAUGUGGUAGACUUAGAUGAGUACUCUGCCGAUGAAUUACUUACCUCCUUGAAUCUUAGUGUAGCCAACAGGCUAAUGACAAGAAGAAAAGGCAAAGCUGUUGUACAAGGAUCUCCUAAAAGGAGCACUCAAGUAAACAACCCUGCCAAAGACGCUGUCAGGAAGAAGAGUACUUCUGCAGGUCCUGUUAAGAGCAAAGCUGUAACCAAGAGUAAAGGGGUUGGUCCAUCAAAAUCUUGGAGUAGGGUCAUUCCAAAGAAAAGAAAGGAGCGGGAAAUUGUUGAACCUGAAUCUGAUGUUGAAGUGAAUGUCCCUGACAUUCCAUCGAGGAAGAAGCCUACAACCAGUAAGCUUGUUGCUAGUAUUCCUGAAGUUCCCAUUGAUAAUGUGUCUUUCCACUAUGCCUCUAGUGCCAGCAGAUGGAAGUAUGUUCUCCAAAAGAGAUUGGCUGUUGAAAGGGAAUUGGCUCCAAAUGCUCUUGAAAACAAGGAGGUCUUAGAGCUGAUUCAAGAAGCUGGGCUGCUAAAAACUGUUUGCAAUCUUCCCAAAUGUUAUGAGAAGCUGGUCAAAGAAUUUGUGGUGAACCUAUCUGAAUAUUGUGGCAACAGCAGGAGUGCAGACUACAUAAAGGUGUUUGUAAGAGGUAAGUGUGUAUCGUUCUCUCCUUCUGUGAUUAAUAAAUUCUUGGGAAGAACAGAUGAAGCUCAAACUGAGCUGGAAGUAACAGACAACCAAGUUUGUCAAGUGAUCACAGCCAAACAAGUAAAAAGCUGGCCCAUGAAAGAGAAGCUAACUGCAAGAAGUUGA